AUGAGAAGGGGAGGAGGGGACACGACAAAGGGUGGUGGCUGUGGUGAUUUCGUACUUGGUGGAGGAGAUGGAGGUGAACUCGUUGGUGGCGGGGGAGGAAGUAACACGACAAGAGGUGGUGGCGGUGGUGAUUUCGUAGGUGGUGGAGGAGGUGGAGGCGAACUCUUGGGUGGUGGGAAAGGAGGUGUCACAACAAGGGGUGGUGGCAUUGGUGAUUUUGUUGGUGGUGGAAGAGGUGCAGGCGAACUCAUGGAUGGUGGUGGAGGAGGUGACAGAAGAGAGAGUGGCGGUGGUGAUUUCAUUGAUGCUGAAGGAGGUGGAGACGAACUCGUAGGUGGUUGGGGAGGAGAUAACACGACAAGGGGUGGCGGCGGUGUUGAUUUUGUUGGUGGUGGAGGAGGUGGAGGGAAACUCGUCAGUGGUGGCGGAGGAGAUGACACGACAAGGGGUGGUGGCAGUGGUGAUCUCGUAGUUGGUGGAGGAGGUGGUGGAGGAGAAGGUGACACAACAAGGGAUGGUGGCGGGGGUGAUUUUGUUGGUGGGGAAGGAGGUGGAGGCGAACUCGUGGGUGGUUGGGGAGGAGGUAACACGACAAGGGGUGGCGGCGGUGUUGAUUUUGUUGGUGAUGGAGGAGGUGGAGGCAAACUCGUCGGUGGUGGCGGAGGAGAUGACACGACAAAGGGUGGUGGUGAUGGUGAUUUUGUUGGUGAUGGAGGUGAACUCGUGGGUUGUGGGGGUGGAGGUGACACAACGGGUGGUGGCUUUGGUGAUUUCAUGGGUGAUAGAGGACGUGGAGGCGAACUCAUGGUUGGAGGCGGAGUAGGUGACACGACAAGGGGUGGUGGCGAUGGUGAUUUUGUAGGUGGUGGAGGAGGUGGAGGUGAACUCGUUUGUUGUGGGGGUGGAGGUGACACGACUAGGGGUGGUGGCUUUGGUGAUUUCACGGGUGAUGGAGGAGGUGGAGAUGAACUCGUGGGUGGUGGAGGAGUAGGCGAAUUCGUGGGUGGUGGAGGAGUUGGUGACAUGACAAGGGGUGGCGGCGGCGGUGAAUUUGUUGGUGGAGGAGGUGGAGCCGAACUCGUGGGUAGUGGGGGAGGAGGUGUCGCAACAAUGGGUGGUGGCAUUGGUGAUUUUGUCGGUGGUGGAGGAGGUGUACGCGAACUCAUGGAUGGUGGGGGAGGAGGUGACACAAGAGAUAGUGGCGGUGGUGAUUUCGUUGAUGGUGAAGGAGGUGGAGGCGAACUCGUGGGUGGUUGGGGAGAAGGUAACACGACAAGGGGUGGUGGCGGUGUUGAUUUUGUUGGUGAUGGAGGAGGUGGAGGCAAACUCGUCGGUGGUGGCGGAGGAGAUGACACGACAAAGGGUGGUGGUGGUGGUGAUUUUGUUGGUGGUGGAGGAGGUGGAGGUGAAUUCGUGAGUUGUGGGGGUGGAGGUGACACAACAAGGGGUGGUGGCUUUGGUGAUUUCAUGGGUGAUGGAGGAGGUGGAGGGGAACUCAUGGGUGGAGGCGGAGUAGGUGACACGACAAGGGGUGGUGGUGGCGGUGAAUUCAUUGGUGGUGGAGGAGGUGGAGGCGAACUCGUGGGUGGUGGGGGAGGAGGUGUCGCAACAAGGGGUGGUGGCGUUGGUGAUUUAGUCGGUGGUGGAGGAGGUGCAGGUGAACUCAUGGAUGGUGGGGGAGGAGGUGACACAAGAGAUAGUGGCGGUGGUGAUUUCGUUGAUGGUGAAGGAGGUGGAGGCGAACUCGUGGAUAGUUGGGGAGGAGGUAACACGACAAGGGGUGGCGGCGGUGUUGAUUUUGUUGUUAAUGGAGGAGGUGGAGGCAAACUCGUGGGUGGUGGCGGAGGAGAUAACACGACAAGGGGUGGUGGCAGUGGUGAUGUCGUAGUUGGUGGAGGAGGUGGUGGAGGAGGAGGUGACACGACAAGGGGUGGUGGCGGUGGUGAUUUUGUUGGUGGUGGAGGAAAAGGUGACACGGGAAGGGGUGGAGGAGGUGGAGGUGGUGACAGGGGAGGAGGAGGUGGAGGUGGCGGAGAUUUUGGUAUGAGUGGUGGACGCCAAAUCGGUGGCUUGGGUGGGUGA